AUGAUUACCAGAAAAAGUGAUAUCGUAAGUUUUACACCAAGACCAAUUACUAAUAGACCCAUAAGUAGCAAUAGAAGGCGAGGACGAAAUGAAAUAACAGAGGAGCAAAAAAAUGAAAUAAAAGAAGCCUUUGAUUUAUUUGAUACAGAAAAAACUGGGAAAAUUGAUUAUCAUGAAUUGAAGGUAGCUAUUCGGGCACUCGGUUUUGAUAUAAAAAAGGCGGAUGUCUUGGAAUUGAUGAGGGAAUAUGAUAAAACAAAUUCGGGAUAUAUAGACUACAACGAUUUUUUAGACAUAAUGACACAAAAAAUUAGUGAUAGAGAUCCAACCGAAGAAAUAAUAAAAGCUUUUAAAUUAUUUGAUGAUGAUGAUACAGGAAAAAUAUCAUUAAAAAAUUUAAGAAGAGUUUCCAGAGAAUUGGGUGAGAAUUUAUCAGACGACGAGUUACAAGCCAUGAUUGAUGAGUUUGAUAAGGAUAUGGAUGGAGAGAUUAGUCAAGAAGAAUUUUUAAGUAUAAUGAAACAAACUAGUCUUUAUUAA